AUCUCUACGCGUACUCAUACGCUGUCAUCUCAACCGCAAAUCUCGAUCCAGUCGAAGCCUAAUCCCCUUCCUCUCGCAAAACCCUAGCCCCUCCCGCGCCGCCGCCGCCAUGGCCGCCGCCGCCGACCAUCCCGUCCUGCGCGACGAUGAGCGGGGGACGCCUCGAUCCCUCCCCCUCCUAGCCGCGCUCGUGGAGGCCGACGUCCUCCGCUACGCCGCCGCCGCCUCCCGACCCGCCGAGUCCGAUCUCGUCCGCGCCUUCCGCGGCGGCGCGGCCGCGACCCCGACCGUCCCGAUUGGAGAAUUCUUGGAGCGGAUCCACAAGUUCAUCCAGCUCGAAAGCGUCCGCCACGUGAUCCGGCUCCAUGGCACUUCCUUCGUGCUCGCGGGAAUCUACCUGACCCGCUUCAUGCGCAGCGCCGCCGCGCAGGAGGCGGGAAUCCUCGUCGAGACGACCACCGCGCACCGCCUCGUGGCCGUCGCUCUCUUCCUGGGCGCCAAAUUCGGCGGCCCCGACGACAACCUCCCCAAGAAGUGGACUAUCGUGUUCGAGAUCAGCUCGGAUUGCGCGAUCCGCGCGAGCGAGAUGGCUGGCCUCGAGGAGCGCUUCCUCCGCGCCGUCGACUUCCGCCUCUUCGUCGACGGCGAGGAGUUCGAGUGGUUCUGUGGGGUCCUGGAGCAGGCGCCCCUGGCGCCGCCCGAAAGUUGCGGCGGCAGAAAGAGGACGGCGGCGGCGGCGGUGGAGGAGGACGAAGGGGAGGACGGGCGCCGCCACGUCCGGGCCUGCCUGACGCCUCCAGCCGUCGUCGCUAACUAGGAUCAGGAUUCGAAUUCUCCAUUCUGCAUUGAAAUUCAAUUAAUUGGUCUUGUUUAGUUGCUUUCUGCUUGUUCUUGUCUGUUUAUUUUGCUGCAGGUACAAGGCUCCUAGUAGAAGAUGGCCGUCGUCUGAGUCGAGGAUGGCCACUGGCCGGAGUGGAGAAGAUAGACAGCGUCGAAGUCCGAUUAAGUGCUGAAGUCAUAGUUUUAGUCUAUGGUGUUUGAGCGACUGUUAACUCAGUGGUUUGAAGUCAAUAAAAGGGCACGACACAAUGCUGUGUCCAGUCUUAGUUUAGGAAGCAAGAUUUGAAGUCAAUAAAAGGGCACAACACAAUGCUGUGCUCAGUCUUAGUUGAGUUCUUGCUUCUGCAAGAUUUGAAGUCAAUAAAAGGGCACAACACAAUGCUGUGCUCAGUCUUAGUUUAGUUCUUGCUUCUGCAAGAUUUGAAGUCAAUAAAAGGGCACAACACAAUGCUGUGCUUAGUCUUAGUUUAGUUCUUGCUUCUGCAGGAUUUGAAGUCAAUAAAAGAGCACAACACAAUGCCGUGCUCUUAGUUUAGUUUCUGGUAUGAUUGGGAAGUGAUUCAGUAUGAGAAUAUCUAUGUAAUACUUCUCUGUAAGACUAUCAGAUCAAUAGAGAGAUAAUAAAGUGUUGGUCUAUUUGUUUGAUCA